CUGAUUUUGCCUUUCUGGUUUAAUUCUUGUAGAAUUGAAUAAAAGUUCAUCUAGUUAUUUAUACUGGAGUUAUCUCAAUACUUUCUCUCCACGUCUGAGCCGAUCCCUGCCUCGCCACAAUUCAAUUGACUUAUUCUGGAACGGCAACCAACUUCGAAUAUGGAGGUAAAGGAUUUGGCUGCACUGAGAAAAAAUCGGGCUCUUCGCAAGGGUAAGCUGACGAUGGCGCUAACUGAGUUGAACGCAGAAUUGAAGGAAGAAGAUGUUGUUCAAGAUCAGAUACGUCAGCUACAGGAGAAAUCCAAGACUCGACUUGACGCUGUGGAAAACGCUCAUGAUAUGCUGAUGAAUGGUAUAACAGAUGAGGAUGAAAUCGGACAAGAGGAAGAAUGGCUAGGACUUGUUGUAAGAUAUUUCAACAUGGUUACAAGAAGGGCAAGAAAGAUUUUAGGUGAAGUCGUUAGGACCCCGGUUAAGCCUAUAAGUAAUUCAGAAACAAGCCCUGAUGAGCAGGUUGUUGAUAAUAUCACUCCUGCAAGUGUUAGUAUUGAUGACUCAGUCAAAGAAGGGUCAACUGAUAAUGUUAUUGUUUGUGAAUCUGUAAUUGAUGUAGAAACACCUAAAGGUACAGAUGUUGUAAAUAAUACUAACAAAAGUGAUGUAAAUGUUUCGAUUAAUGCAGGAUCUACCAUGCCUACUCAUGAGAAUUCUCUUAUAAUUAUGGUGCAAGCUAUGGCUUUGCCUAAAGCACAUGUUAGAAAAUUUGAGGGUGAUCCUCUAUUUUAUUAUACAUUUAUGGCUUCAUUCAAUAACAGUGUAUCUUGCAUUACUGAUCCUAGUAUAAAGCUUAACGUUCUUCGUUCAUUGUGCUGUGGCCGAGCUCUUGAUGCUACAGAAUUUUGUGUGUUGAAACCACCAGCUGAGGGCCUUGAAGCAGCGCUGACAACACUCAAGAAACGGUUUGGUAACAGUGCUAUGAUUGUGCAAGCAUGGAUAAAGAAGAUUGUAACCCGACCAAAGGUGGAGCCAGCAAAGCUCGAAAGUUACGCAGAUGAUUUAACUAACUGCUUCCAAGCACUAGAUGCUCUAGGAUACUUGCAAGAACUGAACAAUCAAGGGAGUCUGAAGACUAUAAUAGAUAAACUACCAAGGUUCUUACAACAGAGAUGGAUGCGUGAGAAUGAUAAAGUGCCCAGUCUGAAGGAUGUUGUGAGGUUUGUAAAGACUUCCUCUUGUGAGGUAAAUGAUCCUGUAUUCGGAACUGUCGCUGAACCUCACAAACCAUCGAAGCCCGGUGAAAGGAAUACAGGACGUGUGUUUCAGACAGAUGCAAAGAUGGUACCCUCAGAAACCAAGAUAUUUUCAAAGUGGAAAAAGUGUUGGGGAUGUGAAACUGAUGAGCACUGGCCCGACCAAUGCCCUACACUUUUGCAAGUAACUCCAGAAGAACGUAUGAAAAAAGCCAAGGAGAAUCAUGUAUGCUUUUCUUGUUUCAAGAAGGCAGGAAAACAGCAUUCGAUCACAAACUGCCGAAGAAGGAAGAAAUGUACGCAAUGUGAUAAAUUCCACCAUCCACUGCUGCAUAUAACGGCUCAACCUACAACACAACUAAUGACCCUAGAUCAGAAUUCAACUGAUGAUGUACAAGUGGUCAUGCCGAUGCUCACAGCAAAUGUGUUAGGUAGAGACUCUAACAUCUUGUUUGACACCUGCGCUACAUUGACCUUGAUUAGAGAUGAUCUGGCUAAAGAAUGCAAAUUCCCAAGCAAACCAGUAACGGUUGAAAUAUCAACUCUUGGUUCUGAGAAGUCAUUACUUCAUACUAGAGCAUACAACGUAACACUGACAUCUAGGGAAGGACAUUCCCACUCUUUAACUGCAAUUGGGGUACCUAGCAUCACCGAUGUACCAACAAUUAGUAACAGACUACGAUCAGAAGUCGAAGAGAAGCUGGGUGAACCUAUCUAUAGGAGAAGUGGGACGGUUGAUAUCUUAAUAGGUAUUAACUAUGCCAAGAUGCACACGGGAAAAUGCGUUGACAUUGAUGGUGAUUACGUAACAGGAAAGUCUCCAUUAGGAUGGGUUUUGUUUGGUACCAACACCAAAGGGUCUACAAGACAACAUCAAAAUCCUGUGAUGCUUAUCAAGUUAGCUGAGCCUGUAGACAUAUCUCAAUUCUGGUCCACUGAAGAGAUGGGGGUGGAAUAUGGACAUUGGGUGGUAUCAUAUCCCUGGAUAAAGACUCCAGAAGAACUUCUAAACAACGAAAAGCAAUGCUUCGCAAAACUUUGUUCCCUAGAAAAACGGCUCAAGGAAACAAACUCUGCAGAGCAGUAUAGCAGGGCGAUUGACGAUAUGGUGGAGAAAGGUUUUGCAAAGAAACUAACUGAAGAAGAGAAAGGAACCUACCAUGGACCAGGUCCAGACCUAUUAAGAAAUCUGAUGGGAGUGAUUAUGAGAUUCCGGGAAUUCAAGAUUGCUGUUGCCGGCGACAUCAGUAAAAUGUUCUAUCAGGUUAGGAUUCCACCAAGCGACAUGCACGUCCACAGAUUCUUGUGGAGAAAAUCUGAAGAGCGUUCACCUGACACAUAUGUUCUCACCAUUGUGACUCCGGGGGAUAAACCUGCACCAGCCAUGGCAUUGACCGCACUACUAAAGCCAGCUAAGGAAAAUGAAACUGACCACCCACAAGUCGCAGCAACUUUACAGCGAGACACCUACAUGGACAAUAUUUGCACUUCAGUAAAGAAUGAAAAGGAAGCUAUUGAACUGACUAAAGAGAUAGACAACGUCCUAUCCACAGCAGAAUUUAAAGUUAAAAAAUGGGUCUCCAUUGCUAAACUACAUGCUGACCAAGAUCACUCUGAGCAACCUGUGAUGUCUGAGGACACUGAGCAGAAGGUAUUAGGUGUCGUGUGGGAGCCAAAGACAGAUGAGCUUAAGUACAAAGUACAGCAAGAUGAAUUACACGGCAGACUUACCAAGAGAACCGUACUGAGUGAAAUCUCAAAAAUCUUCGACCCAAUUGGAUUUUCCGGUGCAUUCCUGAUACGAGCCAAGAUAAUGGUACAGCGACUUUGGGCAGCAGGAGUUGGUUGGGACGAUGAAUUGAUUCUGAAAAUUAACAGUUAAUCAUCUUCUGUGAU